AUGGAUAGUAGGGAUGUGCCCGGUCAACAACUUCGGCUUAUUCGAUUUAUUGUUUUUGGUUUUUUAAGUACAUUUGUUGGUGACGUCAUGGAGGGCAGCGGAUUGAUGACCAAUCAGAGUUCGGAUGUACUCGAAGUUGUGCAGUUCAAGUUUGCCGGCUCUGUCGAAUAUUUCUAUAUCGAUUCCAAGACAGGCGUCAUUACUACCUCUUCUCAAAUAGACAGGGACUCACCUUCACUCUGUCGCCAACGUGUCGACUGCCAAGUUCACUUCUCGGUCAUCGUCGUCCAUCCGACGCGCUUCAUGAUAAUGAUGAUCAAGAUCAUAAUCACCAUUCUCGAUAUCAACGAUAACGAACCUAGAUUUCUUACCAAAAACAGUGGCCAUUUUAAUCUGGAUAUAAACGAAGCUGUGGCUACUAAUAGCUUCUAUCCGCUUCCGUCGGCUACAGAUUACGACUCACCAGUUAACGGGAUCACGAGGUACGUCAUGGAUCCGCCGCUCAAAAAUUUUGAGAUUCAACUCUUCUGGAAGUUGGAUGGUGGUAAGGAGGUGAGGCUGGUGGUGACGGGAGGGCUGGAUAGGGAGGAGAAGGAUUUCUACUUCUUCGAGCUGAUGGCCUUUGAUUCCGGAACUAAGCCAGCCGUCAUCAAUAUAACCAUAACGGUAUUAGAUUCAAACGACAACAAACCGACUUUCAGCGAUGCAACAUACCACACAAACGUCGCCGAGAGCCUGCCUAUUGGAACUACCAUCAUGCAUGUUUCUGCAAGUGACCCUGACCUCGGGGCAAGCGGUCAUGUCACCUACCAACUGUCGGGUCACUCAUCGGAGAAGUAUGGUCACAUAUUUGCAGUUGACGGUCUUACCGGAAGCGUGCAUUUGAAGCAGGCUCUGGAUAGAGAGGCAUCAUCAAUUUAUCAGCUUGUUAUAACGGCCAAAGAUAACGGACCAGGUUCGAUGACAAGCGAAGCCACGUUAACCGUAAAAGUUGAUGACGUCAACGAUAACCAUCCAAUCAUCGUCGUUCAUAGCUUGGGCCGACACAACACGACAACGGCCACCGUCACAGAAAACGCGCCACCUGAAACGUUUGUCGCCCACAUAAUUACAAGUGACCCCGACGAAGCUGACAAUGGCAAAGUGAGCUGCCAGUUGAUGACCAAAAAAUCAGAAAACGCUGAGAACCUGGGCCUCUUGCAUCAAUCGUUCUACACACAGCAGCAAGACCCCUUCAAACUUCUUCAAAAAUCGCACCAAGGAGAGUAUCAAAUUACAACGACAACGACGACAAAACUUGACCGCGAACAACAACACGUCUUCUAUUUGCUACUCAGAUGUAAGGAUGCUGCCGUGAAGAACUCCCUUAGCACAGAACUUGUGAUCCAGGUAAACAUCCUUGACGAGAAUGACAACAGUCCAAUCUUCGGCCAGCCUUCUUACAAUCAAACCAUCAAGGAAAAUAACAUCGUCGGAAUGCCACUACUCUCAGUUUUUGCUCACGAUCUCGACGAAAAUGCUAAUGGCCACGUGACUUAUUCAAUAGAAGGCAACGCGUCCGAAGUUUUCAACGUGGAUGAAAAUGGAUUGGUGACUGCUAGGGUGAGUUUGGAUAGGGAGGUGAUGGAUUUCUAUCAGUUUCCACUGCUGGCUCUCGACGGGGGUACUACCACCGUGUACAUUACGGUAGAAGAUGAGAACGAUGAAAAACCAACAUUUGAGAAGGAUCGCUACUGGAUGCGAGUUCUUGAGAAUCAGCCGAGUGGAACCUUUGUCGGCGAAGUUGUGGCCACUGAUCGCGAUGGUCCACCAAACAAUUUGUUCAUUUACGUCCUGGAAGAGUAUGAUGAUGGUGUUGCUGCGGAUCUGUUCGCCAUCCAGCCUCAAACUGGGAUGAUUACGACGAGACAAGUUCUAGAUAGAGAGGUCCUUCAAGGUAAAUACAGACUGGUCGUGGUGGCGAAAGAUAUAAAAUCUCAAUCAAUGUCAGGCACAUCAGACCUAAUGAUAGAAAUUCUGGACUUGAAUGACAACCAACCGGAAAUACUUUUUCCGUCUGCCGGAAAUGACACGCAUCACGUGAGUUCGCAACUUCCGGUUGGAGGUCACGUGGUGCAGAUCGUGGCGCGAGAUUUAGACGCCAGUGUCGAGUACAAUCGUCUGCUUUUUAGCAUGGAGGAAGUGGGAGUUUUUGAAGAUGUUGAUGUUGCAAGGAUAGUGGUAUAUGAGAUAAUGUCUAGGAGUCAGCAACAUCAACAACAACAACAACAACAUCAACAUCAACAAGUGUUGCCAAAAAUAACAACAACAAAUACAAAUACUACGAGCGAUUCUGUGAAAUCAGUAACCGUGAUAAAAACGUCGCCAUUAACAACAACAUCAACAAAAAUUUUACUUGCGAAAACGCCAACCACAACAAAAUCAGCAACAAAAUCUUUCGUUACAAUCACGUCAUCGACUUUUUUAGCAUCUAAUAUUUCCGACUAUGCAAAUUUUCUCCCUCCAAGACACUCGCAUUUUUCCCCCAUUGCUUCAACACCGCCCCCCAACCACAACAACCACCACAGCAUCGACAACAACAGCAACAUCAACAACAACAGCAACAUCAACAACAACAGCAUCAACAACAACAACAGCAGCAAUAUUUAUUCCCAGCAAUUUUUAACAACUAAAAGAACAACAACGGCAGCAAACAAUACUAACGCAAUUUUUGAAAAAUUGCAGACAUCUAUUUUACAACAGAACAACGCCAACAACAACAUCAACAACGACAACAUCAACAACGACUUAAGCAACAACAAUGACGUCACCGCCAACAAAAGCAACUUAUUUCGCAUACAGUCCAACAACGGAUUGAUAAUGUCGCUUGAUAGAUUGGACCACAAAAGUUACAUCAACAGAGUCAUUUGCAUCGUGGUCAAAGUCACCAACCCCACCAUCGCUAACGGCAACUUCGUCAACAACAACAACAAUAACAACAUCGGUAGCACUAACAACAACAACAACAUCCGCAACAACAUUAAAAACAGCACAUUUUCCAUGAACGCAACCAGCGACAAAUAUGACACUGGUGUUGAAAAUAUUUCCAAGGAUUUGAACCAAAUCAACAACACACACGCGCCAUCUAUAAACAUAAACAACAACAACAACAACAAAAACAACACCCAACAACUAACCCAACAACAACAGCAACAACAACACACAUCUCUGGCAAUCCUAUUUUUAAUAAUCAACUCAACAAUCCCACCACCACCACUCCGGUCCCAAACUAUUUCAGCCCAAAAAAACAGCUCAAAAAACUACGGAGUCAUCAAAGAAAUCGGCGGAAUAUUACUCUAUUUAAUUUUAGCGGUCGUCGGUGGCUGCGUUUUCGUUGUUUCGUGUGUGGUUGUGGCUGUUGUGGUAGUAAGGAAAAGAGAGCUGAGGAAGAGAAGAAUCGGUGGUCUCCAGAAAUUUAACGGUGACCUCAUUGGCCUGCAUAACAAUAGUGGCUGUCCAAAUGUUGAAGGUAAUUCUGGCAAUAGGAGUGACGGUGCUGCUGCUAAUUAUAAUGAUAAGAAUAAAAUAAACUCCUCGGCUGGUUGCAAGGAGUCGAGUGGAAAGGUUUGUGAGAAAAAGAUGGGUUUUGUUGGAAACAGUUCUAAUAACAACAACAACAACAAAGAAAAACAUAAAAUAAAUAACUCCAACGACAACAACAACAACAAUUAUUACAUCAAAGACAAUGAUAGCAACAUCGGAAACAGUGUUCCAAACAUUAGCAACAAGACUGAUAACAGAAGCGAUCACGAAAACACUAAAUUGUCAUUAUCAGCGGGACCGGAAAUACAAAAAUCACGUGAUCUAUCCGGCACAUAUGGAAGAGGAAAAGGAGAAAAUAGAGAGAGCGAUAAUUGCGGAUGUGACGGUGAGGAGGAUGAUGAAGAUGAAAACAACGGAGAUGUUCUUAAUAGGGAUGAAGAUGCAUUAUGUGAUGUUGCUGAUGACGGUGAUGACGACGACGGAAUGGUACUAAUGACUCCAAGAGACGGAGAUAAAUAUGCGCUUUCUUGGAGCAAGCCUGGCAGAACAAUAUCCUCUAACAGAAAGUUUCACUUUAACGACAACAACAACAACAACAACAGUAACAACAAUUUCAUCCAAUUCGACCUCAUUAGCAACCCUCCGCCAAGCAGCCAAUCAGCUUCCAGCAAAAAGUUGAUACUACCCCCGCCCCCGCCAGCCAGAGGAAACUUCUGGAAGUAUCCGGAAUACCAACAAAAUACACAGCAUAAUACGCAACUGAGUUCAAUGAGCAUUCUCCCAAUUAAACAUUCCGACGAUACUCAACAACAACAACAAUUUCCCUCACCUCCAAUAACAACAACAACAGCAACAAAAACAACAAAUAAUAUAGAUUAUUUUCAACAACAACAUGAUUUCGCAACAAAUUUGAACAAGCAGCAACAACGAACAGUGAACGCCGACAACAACAACAACUUGCACAUCCAACCUUGUUACUACACAACAUCGCAGACAUUAAAGCCUGCCCAUUCGAUAAAUUUUAAUAAAUUCUGCCCGAUGACAUUUGCCAACAGCACUGCGACAACAUCAACAACGUUAAGACCAUUCAGCAACAAGUCUCAGCAACACGUUCAACAUAAAUGUUACUGUGAGACUCUCGUCAACAACAACGAAAAUGCUUCUUCCCAAGAAAAAUUGUUGUUCAAUAAAUCAUCCCAACAACUUAAAUAUAUUUCAUUGCAACAGUUUCAGCAACAACAACAUCAGCAGCAACAUCUGCAGCAGAAAUCGCUGCAACAGACACUAGGAAAUCCGAAAAAACGAUUGCAAGAGCACCAACAUCAAUAUAAUUUGUACCACCAUCAACAUCAUUACCACCUGCAACGUCCAAGAAGUGCUCAGCAACAACCAAUACAACAACAACAACAACAACAAAUCAGUCAACAACCACAAAUUCAACAACAAAAUUUACUACUGCAACAACAACAAUUUUAUAUUCAGCAACACCAACUACAACAACCUUGUAUAAAAACAACAAACCAACAAAAAUUUCAACAAUCACAGCAUCAUCAGCAACAACAAAACUAUCAGAUACAGCAUAAUCUACUACAACAUCAACAGUAUUUUAACCAACAACAACAUCGCCAACAACAACAACACUACUCAACAAAGCCAGCAACAACAGCAACAACACGGCCAUCAACAUUGCGAUUCGACGAGUCCAUGAACAUCAUACACAACAUAGAACCGGUCGAAUGUUGCGAAAAUUAUGAUUAUGAUGAUUCCAACAACAACAACGACAAUAAAACUCAAUACAACUACAAUAACCUUGACAUCUUGUCGUCAUCUCAUUUCUCCAGUAGCAAACGUGUUGUGCAUAAAGGCGCCAACAACAUAAGCAACAGUAGCACUAUUAGUAAUGAUCCUAAAGAUGAUGACACACAUAACACGCAUAUACACAAUGAAACACACACAAAGACACACACACACUAUAUGCUAUUAGAAUGUCUCGAUAUCAAAUAA